AUUAAUGAUAUAAUUUAAGAAAAAAUUGCAUUUUUAUUUUAGGACAUUUUGGUUUAAAUUUGUCAGAGUAAGUUUGAUGACAGAAUUCCUCUCUCUGAUUAAUACAAACAGAAUUGAUAAAGCAUUCUUUUUAUGGGAAAGGCAUCAGGAUGAAAUCGGUUGUUUCUUGAAUGACAAUAAUAUUAAGAAAAUUUUGCAAUGCAUACCCUCAUCUUUGCCUUCUAUUCAUCUGAUGAAAUGGUUUGAAGAGUCAUUUAUCCCUAAUGUUUAUCAUAACUCAAACGAAAAUCUGGAAAUAAUAGCCAAGUGGUUAAUAGAAAGAGUGCAUAUGAUGGAAAUCACAGAAAAUUCAACGUGGCCACUUAAUGGAAUAACUUUGUUAAAAACAUUACCUACAACUUGUGAUAAUUUAUCAAAGAUAUAUAAUAAAGGUGGUUUUGGAAUUUCAACCAAAUUACAUUUUCAUAUUUUACAACAAAAAAUAGUUGACCCCACUUCAAGUAUUCAUCAUUUAAUAAAUUUGAUUGAUGAUUUACAGAAGAUAUAUAAUUUAAAAAUGCAGUAUAGAUGUUAUAUAUCUCUAAGUGAAUUUUUAUCAGAAGACAAAGAGAAUGUAGUCUUCCUUAUUUUGGAUAGACUCCUGGGAGAAGAAACAAUAAAGAAAGCAAUAAAUGAUUUUCUUUAUCCUUACAUGAAAGAAAAUUGUUUAGAAGAAGCAAUAUUUGUAAAAUAUAUUCAGGAUGUUCUUCAGUUUUCUCAAUUUAGUUGGUGGUAUUGGGAAGAAGCACCAUGGGAAGAAAAAAUAAUAUCAAUAAUAACUUGUAUUCAAAAUGAAGAUUGUAAACUGGAUGCAAUAAUUCGGACUCUUUCUCAAGCUCCACUACCAUGGAGCCUAGGAAUUCAAAAAAUAUAUGAAGAGGGACUUUCUACAUCCUGUUAUAGAAAUAAAGAAUUGAAAAUACAAAAGCAAUUAGUACAGUUGAAAACAGUUUUAAUUAAAUAUGAAUUAAGAAAUUAUAAUUUCAAUGAACCACAUGGUGCUCAAAGAUUAGUGAACUAUAUAUUGAGUUUGGAUAGAUCAUCUGCAAUGGAUGAUGCCCUUGAAGUUGUGAAAUCAUAUGAUCAUCUCUGUGACAUUGAUGCUUAUUUAUUUCGUUUAAAAUUUUUAUUAAAAAGACAAAGACAUGAUGAAUUCUCAGAUCUUUUAACUAGUAUUCCAUUAAAAAAGGCAAUAACAUGUGGAUGCAGAUUAAUUUGUUUUAUAGAAGUAAUUCUUGAAUCAACAGAUUUAUGGAAUGAUGAAGAAGGGAAAACAUUUUUAAUAAAUAUGAAAUUGGGAGCUUUGUACACUUUAAAGUAUCUUCAAAGGAUUAAUCCAGAUAAAUAUAAUUACUACCAAGAAGAAUUACAUUGGUUUGAAAAUUCUUACUAUAUUCAGCUGGAAUUUGGUCUUUCUGUUUCAUUUCUUAACUUGAAAUCUGAAGAAUGUUGCAGUAAAUGUCUUUAUCAAGAAAUUGAUAAAUACUUUUCUGACAGAACAUAUUUUGAAAAUUUUUCUGUAGAUGAUCGUAAAGGUGAGAAACAAAAGGCCACUUUUAGCAGUAUAUUUAGAAUGGGAGAAUUAUUAGGAUUUGAAAAACAUCAAACUUUACAAAAACUUGUGUUCAAAGCAGUUGAAGUUCAUGAAGUAGAUACAGCAUUUGACUUAAUUAGUAUGCUUACAGAUGUUUGUAAUGUACAGUCUGCCAACACUAUAUUUGAAACUUUAGAACACUUCUGUAGAAAUAUGGAAACAAUAGCUAAAGCCAGCAAUAAAGUUAGUGAACUUCCUGUUGUCUUGCACAGCUUAUUUUCUCAGUUAAUGGCUUACUGUAAACCAAACUUAUUGGAAAAAUGUUUGGAUUACUGCCAUUGGACUUCCUUACUUGUUAGUUUACAUUCCCUGACAAUGCCUCAUGAUUUAGAAAAGAUGUCAGGUAAAACUGAUCGUUAUUAUCAAUGGAAAUUUUCUCCACUUUAUCAAGAUCGUGGACUUCGUAUUUUGCCAUCUCAAAUGACUCCUUUUAUACAGAGAUGUCUUAUGUUUCAUAUUUCUUCAAAAGCUAAAAAUGGUAAAAAUUUAGAUGAUGAAAAUACAGUUAACAGUAUAAAAGAAUACUUUUAUAAUGGUAAACUGUUAAUUGGUGCUUUAAGAGGAAAAUGCCAAGGAGAAGCAACUUUAAAAGCUAUGAUUAAACUAUUAGUAGCUUUUUUGGAUGUUUAUGCAAAUGCUGAAAUGUUGCAUAAAAUGGAGUUGAAUCAGUUCAUACAAAUGUAUCAGUCCUCAUCAAUGCUUGAUGUUGUUAAAGUAUUGUUACAUUAUAUACUUUCAUCUCAGACUACUGAUCUUGCAUUUGCAUUAGGUGUUAUUUGCAUAGUACCAGUGAAAGAAGCAUUAUUUAUUUUUAAGGAAUUGAUGAAAAUGUCUGAGAAUGAUAUUAAAAGCCUUUUAUCUAUUACUUCAUUGGGUGUAUCAUAUGCUCAAAUAAAUUGUUUAACUGAUAUCAUGAUUAAAUUUCAAAAUUAUCACACCCAAGCUCUUUGGAAAUUUAAACUGCAUGAAUGUAACAUUAGAUUUGAUAGUGCAUGGUUAUCUGCAUGUCAUACAGAAAAGAGACUCCUGCUGAAUGAACUGGUUCAGAAGUGUCAAAUCACUAAAGAUACUAUUCAAGAAUAUUGUACUACAUUUAACUUAUUAUUGGAUGACGUGAUAAUUGCCUACAUUGAAGAAACUUUCCUUAAAUCAAAUAUUUAUGAGCUCUAUGAGAAUGAUUUUACUUUAUCCAAAAAGGGUAAAGAAUUAUUCAGUCACACUGAAGUUAUUAUUGGCAUGGCAGAAAAUCCUAUAGCUUUAUUGGAUAAGUUGAUCAUUCUUGUUAAUAAGGUAGAUUUUUAUUGUUAUGAAGUUCUAUUAUUUUUGAAAAAUAAUAUUUGUAAUCUCUCCAAUGUUCAUGAAGGCAUUAUAAAGUGUAAUAUUGUUGAUGAUAUUGAAGUUUUAAAUUUUUUGCAAUCUUAUCACAGAAUAAGUAAAGCCACUGAAUAUGAAACCAAUUUAUGGUUAUCAUUACAUCCUCAGUGUGAUAAACUGCCAGAAAUUGCUAAAAAGAGAUUACCAUAUCAUCCUUUGAUGACGCCAGAGAAGGCUUGGAAUAUUAUAGAUAAUGAAUUAUCCAUUGCUACCGUUAAUAUGUGGUUAAGUGUCAGUUCAUUGAUACAGGUUCCUAAAGAUGAUAUAAUAGUUGUAGCUCUACAGAAAACAGUUAGUACUUGGAGUAAGAACCAUGAAAAUGUUCUUAUUACAAAGUGGAAUCAUAGACCACCUGACUACAAAUUUUUAUCAGAUAUGGAAAUUUUAAAUCAGAUUGACAAUUUGGAUAAAGCAAUUGCUUGUUUUAAUUGGAUAAUAAAAACGUUACCUGCAGGGCAAACAAGAAUAUCAGCAGCUAAAUUAUUUAUUAAAUAUGCUGAAAAUUGGAUGGAAAGUUGUAAAGAUAAAUGUCUGCUGAAGUCACCCAUUCAUAAAUUAAACAUUAUUUAUCAUAAAUUAGCAAUGGAAGAUAUACUUCAUACAUAUGGUCUCAGUAAAACAGAAUAUGCAACCUUGUCAAGCAAACCAACUGAGUUGAUAACUACUAUGUGGGAAGAUAUUGAAAAUCAUAAUGCAUUUAAUAAUAAAAGCAAAGUAAUACAUCAAGCAAGUAAGAAAAUUGCAGAAUUGAAUAAAUGUGACUUAUCAUCAAUAUAUUCAGAUUUAAUGAAUAGAUUUCUCAUCCCAACUACAUUUGGUUCUCAGUCAGCUGAUGAGAGUUUUUCAUUUGAUAUUCUUGAUUUUUGUGAUGAUGAAGAUAAAGAUGAAAUCAAUUUACUAAAGGUAAUACAUUUGCUUCAUCAAGGAAAUAUAGAAGAUAAUACUAUUCAUCUGUUAACCAUAGGAUUGAAAGUCACAUUAUCUAAUAACAGUUAUCGUGCACGUGCACUUCGCUGUUUAUUCUCUAUCGUUGAUACAAACACAAUAGCAAAAAUGAGUGGUUACAAAAGUGAGGAUUUAUGGAAAUUACUGAAAGUUUUAUAUUGUCUGGCAGAGUUGGAAAAUUUGCAUAUUCCUUAUACUGCAGAUAGCUUUGAAAAAAUGGAUAAAGUUGAACUAGUAGAGGCAAUUCUUACUUUUAGUGGAUAUUCAUCAAAGGCUUUACAGUUUGCAUCUUCAUUAUGUUUGGAAUAUAAACUUUGGAACAAACAGCUAUGGUCUGCUAUCUUGAGGAAUAUGAGAGAGAGUAACAUGUAUGAAGAAUUAAGAAAGUUAUUGAGACUUUUGGGUAACGUUGCACAUUUAUGGUAUAAUGAAGAUUAUAUUGAAGCAUGGAAAUAUUUAAUAUUCUAUCAGUUCAAGUAUGAUAAUUUUAACAGAGAGAAUGAAGACAAACUGCUUGAUGUUUUCACAAUGAUACUUAGAUGUCCUUGCAUAUCUGCCAUAGAUUUGGAAGCAUUAUCUGAAGAAUUUCGUCUGCAUAAAUUAGUUGUUCCUGCUCUUGCAGUCUUGUUAUUUGAAAAAGGUUAUAAAGCAAAAGAAAUUAAGAAAUUUCUGAAAAUUGUUUCAAUUGAAGAUAUUCAGGAUGAAUUGAAACAUCUGAAAAAUAAAGGAUUUAAUAUGGCUUAUUUUGUGCAGGUUUAUCAAUUUCUGAAUUAUAAAGAAGUUAAUUGAAGUAUGCAUAUAAAUUAUUUUACUGUUUUUAAUAUUAAUUAAAUGCUUGAAUUUCAUAUGUAAAGGCAACAACAAUUGAUUUCAGACCUAAAAAUAAGUAUAAAAGGUUUGAUGUGUUUCAAAGUAUUUAUCAAUAUUCAUUUUGUUAGAAUAUGAAUUUGUUUAUUGUUAGUUUUCUGGUUUAGAAAGGAAUAAAGCAAAGAAUUAACUAACUAUAUUUCAAAUUAUUUGAAAAAUAUUUUUAUUCAUUACAUAGACCUAGACAGAUUGUUAAUCAAAUGACAAUCUUCUAUUGAUACUAUUUUUGGAGAAGGAAUUGUUGAUUAAAAUUCUUACCUAUCCAAAGACAUUACAAUAGGCUUAGUUGAUAGUAAUUCUUUUAUAUUAGAAAGUUUUUCUUCUAAUGAAGAUUAAAUUCAUAACUUAUUCCAUUGUAAAUAAGCAUAUAAGAAAUGCAUAUUUUACAUGUGUAAAUAAUAUUUUUAUUACCUAAAAUGCAUAUUGUAAUUUGAAAAAUAAAUAUUUGAAUAAUUAU